AUGACGUUAACCCAAAUUUUAAAGAUAACUAUAAUUUCUCGCGAUUAUUUAUUUCCUCGAAUAAGUUAAUUAAAACCACUUUGGAAUAUGUUGAUAUUGUUAUGAUUUUUAUCGAAUACUUUAAACUUUUUCUUCAUAUAUCAAUAUCAUCGACAAUCGAGAACGAUAUGUUGUAGUAUUGAUUUUAUAAGCGCUUGGGAUUCGUACGUACGAUAGGCGCCAUUGUCAUCAAGACAGUUACAGGUAUCCUUUAAUACAAGCGAACUUAGUUUAUUUCUUGAUUCAAGGCCGUCGCUUUUUAUUAUAUUUAUUCUUCAUAAUACACUUUUCAUUUUUCUAUAUUUGUCGGUAUGUAAGUUUCAUGCGCCAUUCACGUAGUAGUUGGCGCACGUCACGUGGAAAGCGCGCCUAAUUACAUAAUAUACUCAGCGCAGACGGUAUAUUACAUGCCACACCCCCUUCUGUAAUUCGUUGAUCUAAGGACAACUCGUUUGUGAACUUUUUUUAAUGCGCGCAAAUCGUAAAUUAAAUUAACGAUCAUAAUAUAUUUUAAGGUUACUUUAUUAUUUCUUUUUAAUAAACGUUAUGGGUCAUAUAAUCUACAUAAUGUAUAACAUUGAAGCAGAUGGUUCUUUACAAGAAAACCACAAAUUAAUGUACUACAGGUUUUUUUAAUGAAGUUGAACUAUUUUGUUAAAUUCAUAUAUUUAUAUUCAAAAGUAGGAAUUAGAAGGCAUUGUUCAAGAUGACGGAAUACUGGCUUAUAUCAGCACCAGGAGAUAAAACUUGUCAACAGACAUGGGAGACUAUGAACAAUUUAACUUCAAAGCAAAAUUCUUUAUCUGAAAAUUACAAGUUUCAUAUACCUGAUCUUAAAGUGGGAACAUUAGAUCAGUUGGUUGGGCUGUCAGAUGAUCUUGGAAAAUUAGAUGCAUUCGUGGAACAAGUUACGCGUAAAGUGGCAACUUAUUUGGGAGAAGUUCUAGAAGACCAAAGAGAUAAACUGCAUGAAAAUCUUUUGGCCAAUAACAGUCAAACAUCAGUGGAUGGGGAGAGCUUGAGCCCCGAAGGGGGUCCGGACACCCCGCCAAACACACCCGUUACUCCAUCACACAAGACUUCAAGGGAGCAUCACAAGCAGUGGAAGGAGUUGGACGAGUCACAACCAGAAGCGGCCACCUGUUUAGGUCAGCAUUAUCACCAUCGUCAUCAUCACCAUGACCAUCGUUAUAGCCACUAUCAUCAGAACCAUCUAUCCAACUCUGAAAAGAAGUCAUUACAUAAUACUCAGGGUAUCAGCGAUAUUCGAACGUCGAAUGAUCCUUCGUCAGUGUAUUCAUGUUACCGUGCACGUUGGUGCACUGCUUCAACUCCUUCAACACCUACUCCAAGUCCUGGUUCUGCAAGCCCAACCCCUUCCUUUUCAUCAACCUGCAGCAGUGAAGAAGAUAACAAAUGGCAGUCAACAAUACAUCCUAGGAGUACUGAAAAAGCAGACCGAAUCAUCUCUAAUCGUGCAUCAGUUGACAAUAAUGACGAUGAUGACCAUGAUGUGGACCAAAGCGAUGACCAAGAUCAAGACCAUAGUGGCAGUUUGCCUAAUCCAGGUGAUCUACCUUCGUAUAUAACUCGAUUCCAGUGGGAUAUGGCAAAAUAUCCAAUCAAACAAUCCUUAAGAAAUAUCGCGGAUAUAAUUAGCAAACAAGUGGGGCAAAUAGAUGCAGAUCUUAAAACCAAAUCAACAACAUAUAAUAACUUGAAAGGCAGCCUACAAAAUCUUGAGAAAAAACAAACAGGAAGUUUGUUAACAAGAAAUCUAGCAGAUUUAGUGAAGAAGGAGCAUUUUAUUUUAGACAGUGAAUAUUUAUCAACGUUACUUGUAAUUGUACCAAAGUCUAGCUUUCAUGAAUGGUACAGCGGGUAUGAAAAAUUAACAAAGAUGAUUGUGCCACGUAGCUCACAGCUUAUAACUGAAGAUUCAGAAUAUGGAUUAUUUACAAUUACAUUGUUCAAAAAAGUUAUUGAAGAAUUUAAAUUGCAUGCCCGUGAGAAAAAGUUCAUUGUGCGCGAUUUCACAUAUAACGAAGAAGAACUUGCUGCAGGUAAAAAUGAGAUUACAAAACUGGUAACCGAUAAGAAAAAACAAUUUGGAUCACUAGUACGUUGGUUAAAAGUAAACUUUAGUGAAUGUUUCUGUGCUUGGAUUCAUGUUAAAGCUCUGCGUGUAUUCGUAGAAUCUGUUCUUAGGUAUGGUUUACCAGUUAAUUUCCAAGCAAUUUUACUGCAUCCACACAAAAAAAGUAUGAAACGAUUACGUGAUGUCUUAAAUCAAUUGUAUGCUCAUUUGGAUUCUUCUGCUACAGCAUCAGGACAGAACCAAGAUAGUGUGGAUAUACCUGGAUUAGGAUUUGGACAAAGCGAUUAUUUUCCUUAUGUGUAUUAUAAGAUCAAUGUGGAUAUGGUCGAUAGCAAGGUGUAAUAAUUCACAAUUGUAAAAAUCCUUCCUUUAUAUUUCAAUUACCUUUUCACUUUUUCAGGCGACUAUUAUUAAUUAUAAAUGCAUACGAAUUAAUAUUUUAUCUUUAUGUCAAAGAUAGAAUUUUCUUUGCAUUUAUAGAAACGCCGUUGCAUUCUUAUUUUUGGUUACCAUAUAAUUGUAACAAUUUAUUCCAGAAAAUGUAAUUGUAUAAUUAUUCAUCAGAAAUCACUAUUUUUAUAGCAACUCAUAAUAUUCGAAAAUGCACAUAAAAUUUAACAUGAAUUGCGUAACAAAUUUGUAUAAGAAGUUAAAUAUUAGUGUGUACAUAUUUUAUUUAGAAAUAUUAAUUUUCAUUACAUAUACUCUUUUCUUCCUACUUUGCCAAAGAUUGGAUUUACAUAACUUGUUGCAAUAGUAAAGAAGAUAAUGAAAUAAAAUUACCGUUUAUAAAAUUAAAUAUUUGUUAAUCAUAUGCUCACUUGCAAUAUGAUUAUUUUUUGUGUAUCUACGAAAUGCAUAAUUUUACAUACAACUUCUGUAUGAUAUUUCAACAGGUAAAGAAAUUAUAUUAUUUAUUAUAAUAGAAAGAGUGUUGCUGUGCAUCACUUUAUUUGUUUUUAAAUCUUGCCUGUAGAAUCAAACACAAUAUGAUCUUAAUUCACUCAGGAAAAGUAGGCAUUAGAAUAUUUAUGCAUAUUAUUAUUUGUGCGUUAUCUUGUUCUACCUUUAAAGUGAUUAUACUUUGUCACUUUAAAUGCCAAUAAUAUAAUUGUUAAAUAUGUACGCAUUAUACACACGUGAGCGUGCGUGAAAAUACAUGCAUAUAAUAAGAAUGCUGUAUGCUUAUUAAAGCCUGGAUUCUGGGCAAUACGUUAAAAUUAUGUUUUUGUCAAAAAUGACCAGAAAUAUAAUACUGUUCGUAUAUGAUACUAAAUACUUAAAAAAGUGUUUUGGUACAUAUUUAUUAAGAAAUAACGUUGCACAAUAUUACUGUAAGUAUAAUGCAACUAUGGCAUUUCACUGUUAUCACUUAUAAGAAUUCUAAUACCAUAAAAAAAUGCAGAUAUAUAAAAUAACAUGUUUAAACAGUACAGUAUUAAAUAUUGCUUCUUUAUAGCUUAAAUAUGUAGAGCAAUAUAUAAAACAAGGGAAUAUAGUAUAUUUUUGUGAAGAGAAUAUAUAUAUAAAAUGUUUGAGUUAUUACUAUCCAGUGUUUUAUUUGUAUUUGAUUUAUGCAGGAAAUACUCUGGGCAGUAAAAGCAAGAACAUUUUUUAUAAUUUUUAUUAUAGAAAACUUGUUUUGUGACAACAGUGUAAGAAUAUAUAAUAUUAGAACAGAACUUUUCAUUUAAACAACAUUUGUUCAUUAUGCCUAUUUCAGUAUUUGUCUAGUAUCAAUUUAAAAAUAAUUGAUUGCAUUAUUAUAAGAUACCACGAAUAUAUCGAUACGUCAAUGUUUUAAUUAAAAUGAUGACAAUACUUGUUCAAUCUUUAAAUAAAGAGAAUAAUUCAUAUGAAUAAGAAAGAAACAUAAAUCUUGCUAUGAACAUCAUUGAAUAGUUACUUAAUAUUUAUUGAUAAUACAAAUACAUGUGUUAUAAUAAAUAACAAGUUUCAUUUUAAUCAUUAACAUAUUUAUUGGAGAUAAAAAAAUUUGUUCUAUGGAUAUCAUUAAAUGUGUUCUAUGGAUAUCAUUAAACUCUUGGGUCAAAUAUAAAUAAAUAUUAAUACUUAAAGAAAUGAAUAUUUUCAAUUAUAAAACAUAUUUUGUUAGCAUAACUUCUUUAAAAAAUUGAAUCCAUUUGAUCAAUCUGUUUUUUUAACAUGAAGCAUUACGUGAUACAUUACUGCUUUUAAUGAGUUCCUGAAAUUAAUAAGUUUUUAUAUUCAUCUGCAAGA